AGACUUGCUUUCCCUUUUAGUUUUUAUUACUUAUCCAACUAGAACAUCACAAAGAUAAAACAUUGUCUUUUUUUAUGUUUUUUGCCUGCAUAUCCUCAGCGCUUGCUCAUUGGUUCCUCCACUUUUUAGGUUGGCCAAUCAGCUUUUUGUUGCUAGGCCGUUUUGUCUCAUCUAUUUGCUGGCCUGGCUGUCAAUCAAAUUGGGAGCUUGUAUGGCGAGGCCAGAUGCGCAACUGGGCUGUAUUAUUUACAGAGCGCUGCUCUAGGAGCGUGGCUGCUGAAGAUACCUACAAACUUUGUUUUUGUGAGGAAUGAUCGCCUGCUCUUUUGCAUCAAGUUGCAGUUUUAAAGAGGCAGACGGCUUGACCCAGCGCGAUACCUUUCCAUUCUAAGGUGUACUCUCAUCUGCCCUGAAGCUUCACCACGGCCCUCAUCUGUGUGCUCCACUGUCCUGGGCCGAGCAGCCCCUUCUGCUCCACCCCACGCCGUCUCUCCAGCCACGGUCGCCAUGACGCGCUCCAAAACCUUUCAGGCCUACCUGCCCAACUGUCAUCGCACCUACAGUUGCAUUCACUGCCGGGCGCACCUUGCCAACCAUGAUGAGCUCAUCUCAAAGUCUUUUCAAGGGAGUCAAGGCAGGGCCUACCUCUUCAACUCAGUGGUGAAUGUGGGCUGUGGCCUGGCAGAGGAGAGGGUUCUGCUGACCGGUCUUCACGCAGUGGCCGAUAUCUACUGUGAGAACUGUAAAACCACUCUGGGCUGGAAAUACGAGUAUGCCUUCGAAAGCAGUCAGAAAUACAAGGAGGGCAAAUUCAUCAUCGAGCUGGCCCACAUGAUCAAGGACAAUGGGUGGGACUGAAAACCCUGAUCUACCCACAGCCCAUAACGCUGGAAAGAGAAAUGCAGCACAUGAAUAAUUAGAUUCAUUAUCUGGCUGUAACUUCCUCCCUUGGAAAUCUAUCUAGCUGACACACACCUCUAAACCUUGAGGGUGUGAGGUUCAUAACAGCAGCGCUACACAUUUCCUGUGUGUAUGUAUGAACAAAUGUGUGCCAGCUAAGUGUUUCUAUUAUGUGUGAGUAUUUUCCUAUUCGAUUCAAUUCAAGAGUGUGUGUGUAUGUGUGUGUGCAAAUCAAGGCACAAAACGACAUUUGCUUUACUCUGUGUUGGCCAAGGUCACAGUUUUCUCCCACACUCAGGUUUAAGUAAUGGCUGGAUCCAUGGUAAUGAAAGGUGAAGGACGAACCCAUUUAGCUCAUCUGAGGUGAAAACAUACUAAAACAGAAGUGUCAUCCAUUUGUCUUUAUUUUUUCAUUUUCACUUGCAUGUUGUUUAUUUAUACAUGUAUUUAUUGAUCUGUUUAUUUGAUCUGUUUGUUUUGGGAUGUUACGUUCAUGGUGAACCGUAGCAAUCACACUGGUCUUACUUUGACCUUGUAUAGCGGAAGUAGCAAUGUACACUUCCUCUCCAGAUUGUGAUCUCUUUUUGAAUGUUAUUAUGGAGUAAACGAGGCGUUCGUAUGCCAUUUAUAGGGCACAGGGCGCGUACAUUAGCUAGAGCCAAGUCUUUAGCCCCAGAAACAGCUGAGAAAAGCAGCUGUCAGAAAAAGAACUGAGGCUUUUUCACAACCCGUGAUGUUUCCUUCGCUCUUAUUAGUUCCCUCCAUUAAAUCGCAAAUCAAGUGAUAAACCAGACUCUCACCAUGUGUUUUCUGGAAGAAAGUGAUUGACAGCUAGUAAAUGUGGCUGCUGAGCGAGAUUAUCCAGAUGGGGCUCAUAAAUAAAAAGCCUUGGCACAACCAAAGACUCUUUCAUCACCUACGCUGACCAAACUGAGUUUGAUUUCUGAUUUAAAGGAACACUCCACUUUUCUUUUUUAAAUAGGCUCAUUUUUUGAGUUUUACAGUUUUUGAAUCCAUUC